CCAAGCUCAAGCUAAUUAAUUCGCCGAAAGCGACGGCAUUGGCAAAGCAAAGUCAAAGCUAAGCUGUUGGAGGCUUGGAGCCUCGGAUCAGUCGGCAACUGAAUCUUCUCACACCGCCGUGGUCCGUCGCUCCUCUCCACGGCCGCCACCACCAACACGCGCGGGGGCCGCCCACAGCUGAAGCGGGCGGCACCCGCUCGAUCCCGCCCUCCGCUCCGGCGGGAUCUCUCGUGGCUGCCGCUGCGCGCGGAUGUGCUCAUCUCGCCGAACAGCUAAACCAAUCAAUCUUCCAACAGAUGGUGAGCGUCUUGGCAGGGGUGAUGACCUCCGUCAUCAGCAAGCUUACUACCCUGCUCGGGAUGGAGUACAUGAAACUGAAAGGUGUGCAUAGGGAAGUGGAGUUCAUGAAAGAUGAGCUGAGCAGCAUGAACGCGCUCCUUCAGAGGCUUGCAGAGGUGGACCGCGAUCUUGAUGUGCAGACGAAGGAGUGGAGGAAUCAAGUGCGGGAGAUGUCUUACGACAUCGAGGAUUGCAUCGAUGACUUCAUGAAGAGCCUCAGCAAAACUGAUGCAGCUGAGGCUGCAGGGCUUUUCCAAAGUGUGGUCCAGCAGCUUAGGACAUUAAGGGCGCGCCAUCAAAUCACAAACCAAAUCCAGGGGCUCAAGGCACGCGUUGAAGAUGCUAGCAAGCGACGUAUGAGAUAUAGGCUUGACGAGCGCAUCUUUGAGCCUAGCGUCUCCAGGGCCAUCGACUAUCGUUUACCUUCGCUCUAUGCUGAGCCAGAUGGUCUUGUCGGCAUUAACAAGCCAAGAGAUGAGCUCAUCAAAUGCCUAAUAGAGGGGGUGGGUGCAUCGGCGCAGCAGCUAAAGGUAAUAUCCAUUGUGGGUCCUGGAGGUCUUGGUAAAACUACACUUGCGAAUGAGGUGUACCGUAAAGUGGAAGGCCAGUUCCAGUGUCGAGCUUUUGUUUCUUUGUCACAGCAGCCUGAUGUCAAGAAGAUCUUAAGAACUAUGCUCUGUCAACUCAGCAACCAAGAGUAUGCUAACACAGAUAUAUGGGACGAGGAAAAGCUCAUCAAUGCAAUCCGAGAAUUUCUAAAGAACAAAAGGUACUUUGUCAUCAUUGAUGAUAUUUGGAGUGCUCAAGCAUGGAAGAUUAUUAAAUGUGCUUUCUUUCUGAAUAAUUUUGGAAGCAAAAUCAUGACGACAACUCGCAGUACUACUAUAGCCAAGUCAUGUUGCUCUCCUCACCAUGAUAAUGUCUAUGAAAUAACGCCUCUUAGUGCCGAUAACUCUAAGAGUUUAUUUUUGAAGCGUAUAUUUGGUUCAGAAGAUAUAUGUCCUCCUCAGCUGGAAGAAACCUCUUCCGAAAUAUUGAAAAAAUGUGGCGGUUCACCAUUGGCGAUUAUUACAAUAGCUAGCUUAUUGACUAAUAAAGCUAGUACAAAUGAAGAAUGGGAGAAGGUAUAUAAAUCAAUCGGUUCGACACUGCAAAAAGAUCCCAGUAUAGAAGAGAUGAGAGGGAUAUUAUCCCUCAGCUAUGAUGAUCUUCCCCACCAUUUAAAGACAUGCUUACUAUAUCUAAGUAUAUUUCCAGAAGAUUACGAGAUUCAGAGGGAUCAAUUGAUAAGGAGGUGGAUUGCUGAAGGAUUUAUUAAUGCGGAUGGUGGACAAAAUUUGGAGGAAAUAGGAGAUUGUUAUUUUAAUGAUCUUAUCAACAGAAGUAUGAUUCAGCCGGUGAAAAUUCAAUAUGAUGGUCGAGUUCAUUCAUGCCGGGUCCAUGAUAUGAUUCUUGAUCUCCUUACAUCCAAGUCUAUUGAAGAAAAUUUUGCCACCUUCUUUGCUGACCAAAAUCAGAAACUCGUGCUACAACAUAAGAUCCGUAGACUAUCUAUCAACUGUUAUUCCCAAGAACACAUCAUGGUUCUGUCAACAGCGAUCAUUUCCCAUUGUCGAUCACUCAGUAUAUUUGGGUAUGCUGAACAGCUACCUUCUCUUUCAAGGUUUAAAGUUCUGCGAGUACUUGAUAUAGAAAAUAGUGAGGAAAUGGAAAGCAGUUAUAUUGAGCAUAUAAGGAAGCUUCGUCAGUUGAAAUAUUUGCGACUCGAUGUGAGAAGCAUUUCUGCAUUCCCUGAACAAUUAGGAGAACUGCAGCAUUUGCAGACUCUGGAUAUUAGAUGGACAAAGAUAAGAAAAUUGCCCAAAAGCGUUGCUCAACUGCAAAAUUUAACAUGUUUGCGUGUCAACGAUCUGGAAUUACCUGAAGGAAUUGGGAAUCUGCAUGCUCUACAGGAGCUAAGAGAGAUCAAAGUGAAGUGGGACAGUUUGGCAUCUUCUUUACUGGAGCUGGGAAGUCUGACUAAACUGAGGAUUCUUGGGCUGCGCUGGUGCAUCGACAAUACACACAGUAACAAAGAAACUUUUGUGGAGAACUUGGUCUUGUCACUCCGCAAACUGGGGAGACUCAACCUUCGGUCUCUAUGCAUUCAGAGUAACUAUGGCUAUUCCAUUCCUCUAAAAGAAAUGUACGGUUAUUCCAUAGAUUUCUUGCUGGAUUCUUGGUCUCCCUCCCCUCAUCUCCUCCAGGAGUUUCGGAUGGGCAUGUACUAUUACUUUCCCAGAGUUCCAGUUUGGAUUGCAUCACUUGACAACCUCACUUACCUAGAUAUCAAUAUUAACCCAGUAGAAGAGGAAGCAUUACAGAUCCUUGGAAAAUUACCUGCUUUGAUUUUUCUCUGGGUGUCAUCAGAAUCAGCUUCUCCCAGCGACAUGUUCAUAUGCCUGAAGGAGUUCCACUUCACCUGCUGGAGCAAUGGGGAAGGCAUAAUGUUUGAAUCUGGGGCCAUGCCAAGGCUUGAAAAGCUGGAGGUUCCGUUAGACGCAGGCAGGAAUCUUGAUUUUGGCAUUCAGCACCUCUCUUCCCUUACACAUGUUACUGUAAGGAUCAUUUGCACUGCUGCGACAGUUUGGGAAGUGGAGGCGUUGGAGGAGGCAAUCAGGGACACAGCUGAUCUCCUUCCGAACCGCCCCACCGUGGAAGUUCGAAUGUGGGGCGAUGAGAAUAUGAAGGAGGACGAGGAGCAAGCCAUGGCUGAAGAGGAGAUCCACACAAGCGUCUGAAAUUCAGCACGCAGUAUAUGUUCGUUAAAGUUGACUGAUGCAAAUGUUCGAAAAAAUUACCAAGUUCAUGGUGGUGGUGGAAGUUUCAUCAGACUCCAUUCCAGUGGCGAGUCAGCAUGUAGGAAACACACAAAUGCAUUGAAUUUUUCUUCUUCUUUCUAUGAUAUACUUUCGUUUACUCAUCGCCGCAAUUCAGUGACAUGGUCCAGUGGCAAAAGUUAAAGAAGAACAGUGGUAAAAGCGGAAUCUCCCCUGAGGCCUGAGCACAAUAAUCGGUCAAUUUCGCCUUUAGACAUAAAUUCCACACUACAUUUAUUCUCGUUGUUGCUUUCUUUAUAUGACUAGUUCUAAAUCUUUGCGUGAAUGUCAUUGAACCUUUAUUUCGUUCCGGAAUUAUGAGACCAUCAUCUCUAUCCA